GUAUUCGCCAUUUAUUUCUCAUCGUCACUUUGCAACAGAUUUGUGCGGCAUUUUCUGAAUAGGUGUUCUAGAAGUGAGGUAGAAGGAAAGAGCAAAGAAUUACAAAUUGCGCUUCUUCGUGAAUAAAAAACGGCAACAGCGUAUCGACUGUACCAAUUGUAUGUACAGUAACAGUUCAUAAAAAGCGGAAAAGUCUUAAAUUAAUUAAACCAACUAAGUAUCGACAUGUCCAGUCUGCCGAGCAAAAAAGCCAAAUUGUCGAACGAUGGUGAUGGCAAUGCGACGUCUGCAAACGCACCUAAUGAGGAAGAAUCGGAGGCUUUGGAAUUAAUUGAUGCGUGUCAAAAUGAGAUUGAUGCACUUAAUGAAAAGGCCAGCGAGGAAAUACUCAAAGUAGAGCAGAAAUACAAUAAAUUAAGGAAGCCUUGUUACGAGAAACGCAGCGAGUUAGUAAAGCGAAUUCCUAACUUCUGGGUGACAGCGUUUAUUAACCAUCCACAAGUGUCUGCCAUUUUGGAUGAAGAAGAGGAGGAAUGCCUUCACGCUCUUACUAAAUUAGAGGUAGAAGAAUUUGAAGACAUAAAAUCGGGAUACCGUAUCCACUUUUACUUCGACGAAAAUCCUUAUUUCGAAAAUAAGGUACUUACUAAAGAGUUCCACUUAGGAUCGGGAAAUGCUGAAAAUAGUGAUUGUCCAUCAUCGACGAGCACUCCCAUACAAUGGAAGGACGGUAAAGAUCUUAUAAGAUCAUGUAUGACAAAGCCGUAUCAACAAAAUAAGCGGAAACGACCUGCGGACUAUAAAACAUUUUUCGACUGGUUCUCAGACAACACUGAUCCUGUUAAUGACGAGAUAGCAGAACUAAUCAAAGAUGAUCUUUGGCCUAAUCCUCUUCAGUAUUAUUUAGUACCUGAUAUUGAGGUGGAACCAGAAGAUGAUGAAGAUGAUAAUGAGGAUAAUGAAGAGGAAAUGUUUGAUGAUGAAGAUGCUGAAGGCGAUGAUGAUGAUGAAGAAGAUGAAAAGUAAAUGCAACGUUAAAAGGUCUAUUUUUCAAAAAGUCUUCUAUAAAUUACCACAAACAUAAAUUUCUUUAAUAUUAAGAAACGUAUUGAAAGUGUCCAUCAGCGGAAUGUUUUAGAUAUUUAAGAAUUUUUCAUUUUGACUCCAACGAAUAUAUAUUUUUGACACUCACUAACUUUUUAAAUGAAAUGAAUUGAAGUAUUAAAAUUUGUCAAAUUAUGCAGCUUUACUAAGGACGAUAACUGAUACAUAUUUGAAAUUUUUAUAUAAGAUUUUUUCAAUUUUAGUUCAAUGAAUAUUUAUUUUUGACACUUACUAACUUUUUAAAUGAAAUGUGAAGAGUUAGUUGUAAUAUUUCCUUUCUUUUAUUUGUUGGAGUAUUAAAAUUGUCAAAUUAUGCAGCUUUACUAAGGACGAUAACUGAUACAUAUUUGAAAUUUUUAUAUAAGAUUUUUUCAAUUUCAGCUCAAUGAAUAUUUAUUUUUGUCACUUACUAACUUUUUAAAUGAAAUGUGAAGAGUAAGUUGUAAUAUUUCCUUUCUUUUAUUUGUUGGAGUAAUAAAAUUUGUCAAAUUAUGCGGCUUUACUAAGGACGAUAACAUACAUAUUUGAAAUUUUGAAUCGAUAGUACAUUGACAGUACGUGUUUCUCGAAGAAGAAUUAAAAAUAAAUAAUAAGAAAAAUCAAAA